CACAAGUCGCGACAUCAUCAUCCAAGCAGCUACGUUGUUGCAAAGGCAUUUGUCAUUCACGUUUCUACGCGAACUCAUCCCUCGUCACCGAUCAGACCGACAACCCAACAUCUCAACAAUCUCAUCACUCUACGCCGACACUCUCUCAUCCUUCAAGUCUGGAAAUGUGGCUGAACGUUGUAGCGCUGACAUUGGCUUGCUACAUUCUGACAUCUCAAGGUCAGGAUGCAAGUGAAGCACUCUGUAUGUCUCAAACGACGUGUACGUUGUGUGUUUCUGCGUCGGCGGAUUGUGCUUGGUGUUUUGAUGAGGAAGUUAAUACAAAGUUUCGUUGUCGUCCUGUGUCGUCAUGGCAUGCGGAUAGAAGUUGCAGGAAUGUCAGCAAUCCUAGAAGUACAGUGACAGUGUUGCAGGGCAAUCAGCUAUCUGAUACUGUACAAGUAUAUCCCCAACAGGUCAAUAUCAGUUUGAGACCAGGGGAAACGGUGAAUUUUAAUGUGUCCAUUCGUCCUGCCGAAAACUUUCCUGUAGAUUUAUAUUAUCUCAUGGAUUUGUCAUACUCAAUGAGAGACGAUCUAGAAAGUCUGAAGCUUCUUGGUGGAGAUUUGGCAUCUGCUUUACGAAAUAAGACAAGCAAUCUUCGUCUUGGAUUUGGAACAUUUGUUGACAAGACGAUCGAUCCAUACAUUGACUUGGCUCAUAUUAAUGAUCCGUGUGGUGGCAAUCUUUGUCGUCGACCCUUUCCGUUCAUCAACAAUCUUCCGUUGACAGAGAAGACUCAAGACUUUGUCAAAAAAGUAAACAACGAGUCAAUUUCUGGUAACUUGGAUUUCCCCGAGGGAGGAAUGGACGCGUUGAUGCAAGUUGUUGUAUGUGGAAAUAAAAUUGGUUGGAGGAAGAAUGCAAGACGGAUUGUUGUUAUGGCAACCGAUGCAGGGUUUCAUUUUGCAGGCGACGGCAAGUUGGGAGGAGCAGUGCAGCCUCAUGAUGGAAAUUGUUAUUUGGACAAAUCUGGAGCGGGAGGAAAGUACAUGGAGGAGAAGGCGAAGACUUUGGAUUAUCCGUCGAUAGGCCAUCUCAACGACAGACUGGUUGCUAAUGAUAUCAUUCCAGUAUUUGCUGUUGUCAGCAACUACAUUCGCAUCUACAAUAACCUUGUAACUCAACUGACGGGUGCAUUUACUGGACCACUGGCUCGUGACUCAGCGAAUGUUGUAAAACUAAUUGAAGACAUUUACAACAAAAUUGUGUCGAACAUUUUUCCUACGAUUCCUACACAUCAUGGAAUAACAAUUGGUGUGAAUGCUCUCUGUAGCGAAAUUUCUACUGGCACACCUGAAGUCAAGGAAUGCGUUGACGUUCGUCUAGGCCAAGAAGUCACAUUUAUGUUUGACAUCACUGCAGCGUCAUGCGAGGACAUACGUCGGCUCCAGUCUGAUGUCAUUGGUAUUCGCUUUGUUGGGUUUGGAGAUUUGAGUAUUGCUGUCACACCAGUUUGUAACUGUGAUUGUGAAGAGCAAGCUGUGACUAAUUCAUCAAAGUGUGAGGGAGGAACUCUCACUUGUGCAACGUGUGAAUGUGUACCAGGAAGGUUUGGAGAUGAAUGUGAGUGCACGCAGGAGAAUGCCGAAGAUGCCAGCAAAUGCCGCCCAGCAAAUUCUACUGAUGACUCAGGUGUGUGCAACAAUAACGGCGAAUGCGUAUGCGGUCGAUGUAUCUGCAGCGAGAAUUUCAUCGGUGAUCAGUGUGAAUGCGAUGAGAAGGCUUGCCGACAAUAUAAUGGAUUUCCAUGUGGAGGAGUUGAAAGAGGAACAUGUUCUUGCCACACCAGUACUCUCACUCCGAAGUGUAACUGUGAGCUUGGAUACUCAGGCUCAGACUGCAGUUGCAGCACGUCACAAGACGCAUGCAAGACACCAAAAGAGGAUAAUCAGAGGCAGUUGUGCAACGAUGAGGGAGUGUGUAUGUGCAAUCAGUGUGAGUGCUAUGAUGGAUUUAGCGGUCAUCUCUGCACACCACCAGGAUGUACAGCAGAUGAGACGGACGAGGAAUGUCAACAACGACUACAGGAGCAAGGCCCGUGUUUCAGAUCUAGAGAUUGCGCUGAAUGUUUAGGAUUCCGAAGUGGCCCUAAAGCUAGCAACUGCUCUAUUGAAAACGACUGUAUCGAGUCAAAAACACAAGAAACAGAAAAAAACGCGUAUAGAAUAGAUGCUUGUGUAAGCACGAAUGAAAAAAAAUGCACAUUUUUUUAUGAAGUUGUUCGCAAUCUUGACAACUCACUUCACGGCAUCUACGUGCACAAAGAAAGUGUGAAUUGUCCCGAUUCGUUUCCAUACGUGCCGCUUAUACUGGGUUUGGUGUUUGGCUUGGCGGCGCUUGUUCUCAUUCCAUUGUUAAUAUGGAAACUUUUGACUGGCUACUUGGAUGGUAUGGAAUACAAACGUUUCCAAGAGGAACGAGCCAAAGCCAAGUGGAGCAAGGAGCAAAAUCCUAUGUACAAGGAACCUGUUCAGAAGAAUGUCAAUCCUGCAUACGGAAAGGCUUAGCUGCGCUAGUUGUUUGAUGCUAUUCGGGAUGCAGUUUUAAGUGUGCAGUGAUUGAUUGUAUUAUUAGCUCGACUACGUAGUGUCAAUACUGUAGCACGACAUUGAAGAAAGAUGAUAUUAAUAUUGAGGAUUGGAGUUGGGUUUUGAUUUUGGGGUAUGCUGGACAAAGGUUGUAGUUUUGGCUUUUGGUUUUGCACAGUUCAAUUGAUUUUAGGGGUAAAUUUAUGAUAGUGGAAAGUG